AUGGCUGCCAUGAACCUCACGCUCGUUUUCCUGGGUGGCAAGACGAAUCCCCUGGCUGACUUAGUUCGUUUCUCGCUCUCCAGUUACUAUCUUGCGCAUCGCUGUAUUGCAGUGAUCGCCACAGCUGAGGUUCUUUUACAUUCUGGUCUGAUCCUGUAUCGUCGUCCAGUCUUUGACGAAUUCGCUAAAUCGGGGACCGUACUGUCACCGGCCGCUGGCGGGCUUUUGGUCACCAUUUUCGGGUCCCUAUGGCUUCAUCGAUUCCUUGGGAGGUUUUUUGGGCUGUUGCAUCUGCUAGGCGCAGUGGGUGUGUUAGGCGGACUCGUUUGGCAUAUCGCCCUACGGGAGAUCUCCCCCGCUGGAAUUCCAGUCUUUGUGGCCUGUGGCUUACUGGGCUCGACCCACCUCUACAGGCUUGUCCGCAUGUUCCUUUUCAGCCAUACCCAAGCGACUGUCGAGACACGGUGGGAUAAGGAAGUCGUCGUACAGUUGAAGCUAGUCACAGACAAGCCCGUCAAGGUUUUUCCCGGCUGCUACUUUUAUGUCUUCUUCAACGGUCCCCUCCCCUUCUACGAUCUAUUUCACGGUUACGCGAUGACGCCUUUCUGGGGCAGUCCGAAACAGUUCAUUAAUGGGAAGGUCUCAGAUCCUACCUUUCUGAUCACCCGUAAAGGUCAUCACGCCAACUCUCUCGGCUGCGUCUCAUCUGGUGACAGUCUUCGCCUGGACGGCCCUUACGGCCGAGAUCUGAAGUUGUAUAGGUUUGAGACCGUGGUACUUACAGCUAAGGGCAUAGGUAUCGUUGGAGUUCUCCCAUUCGCGCUUCAAUUGGCCGGUCGUAGACAAAGGGACGAUGAGGCUCGAAGUCGGCAUGCUCGCCUCCGGGAUUCAAGCGAGCCGGUCUUUGCUGACUUCAGUCGGAACGUUGACGUCAUUUGGUGGCUGGAACAUGACUAUCAGGAUCAGUGGGUUGCUGAUCAGCUCAGAUCCCUUCAAGAGCUUGACUCACAAAAUCUCCUGGUAGUCUGGUGUAUAUAUCCCGACAGUAAAAAGGCGAGCAGCUCGUUUGAGAAGAACAAGUAUUGGAGUGCGCGAUCCAAUUUUGGCUUCGAUUCCUUUUCAAGGGAGCUACGGCAAGAAACCCGAUACCCUGGCGAGACCAUCGUCGUUGCGUCUGGUGAUGCCAAAUUUGUGGACCAGAUCCGGCACAUUGUUUUGCAAAAUAUAACGUCAAAGCGGAGCAUUCAAUUUGCCAAUGUGGAUUUCGUCGCCCCACCAGGGUCGCCUAACCACCCGUCAGACAAUCGGUCAGAGUCACAGGUUGCUCUGGUAAACUCAACUAAGAAGAACCAGCCUGGAGAUUCAGACGUUACGGAUAUUGAGAUGGAUAUCGUUGAUCAAAGUGUACGAAGGAUUACGCAUAUUGUCUAG